AUGCCAUUGUCUAAAUUGCUUGAAUUUGCGAGUAAAGAACUUUCAUAUAAUUUCAAUGAAUAUGAGACUUUAGGAGGCCUAUUGAACAUAACAUUUAACAAUUUGGUAGAAUUAAUAAUAACUAUAUGGGCAUUGGUGGAUGGUCAAAUUCGCGUUGUCCAAGCUACAGUGCUAGGGUCUAUAUUUUUAAAUAUUCUACUUGUAUUAGGAUUUUGUUUCUUCUUUGGCGGAAUUAAUAUUCUUAGAAAGAAAAAGCUUGAACAAAGCUUUGAUCCAACUGUUGCACAAAUGAGUUCUAGUUUAAUGACAGUGGCGUUUAUCACUCUAGCUUUACCUGCUGCAUUCAGCCUUUUUAUCAACAAAGAUUCUGGCAAAAUUGAUGAUAAUCUCUUAUAUAUGAUGAUUAUUGCUUUUUCAGCCGAAUUUCUCGUAAAAUCAAUUGAUGGAGUUGUUAGUUCUCUUGGUAUAAGCAGAACUUUUCUUGGGUUGAUUUUGCUACCUAUGGCUAGUAAUAAUGCUAAGUGUACGACCUCCGUUAUUAAUGCAAUUAAUGAUAAAAUGGAUUUAGCCAUUAAUGAUUCUUUUGGAAGUUCAACU